UGUCGUCAUAACAUUGUCAAAGAAACUGCUGAUCCACGAGGCGACAGCAAAUUAACGCGAAGCAAUGUUGAAAAAGAAAUCGCAGCAACUGACAUAUCUAUCACGACGAUCACUUUUCAGUGCAAACUGAUGACUGCAUAAUCCAAUCAGAGAUCGUCUCCCUUAAAUGGUGAACAUUAUUUAUACACACAGAUGCGUAAAACAAUUAUAACCCUCAAUUGUGUGUGGUAUCAGCGGCAUAUAAAAUUCUCUGUCCGAUAAUAAGGUGCAAGCUGACUAAAGUUUUUAUCGACUAACAGCGCUCUUCAUAGUAACUUCAAUUUUCUGAACAAUCAAGAACAAUGGCGAACAUUACGGAAGAUGGAAACUUCGCAAGCAAACUGAACCAAGUAGUCCUCGCAUCACCACGAGGUACACUUGCAUUGUUUUCAGCCUUCAACAUUUUUCUAUGCAUCACUGCAUGUCUGGGAAAUACUCUGAUUCUCGUUUCUCUUCACAAAGUCUCUUCUAUUUAUCCUCCGACGAAAUCCUUCUUUCGAUGUCUGGCGGUCACUGAUCUCAGUGUUGGCCUAAUUGUGCAACCACUGUAUGCAACGUUAAUUAUGUCUCCCUUGAUAAAGAUGGACGUCAAGGAGGUAGUUAUGAUAAGCCGAGUGCGUGAUGCCUUAAGCUGGAUUUUUUGUGGAGUAUCUGUCUUGAUGUCGACCGCAAUUAGUGUGGACAGACUUCUCGCCCUGUUGUUGGGACUGAGAUACAGACAUGUCGUGACAUUAAGGCGAGUUCGUGCAGCUACAAUUUGUUUUUGGUUUACUAGUGUUUUUCUUGGAUUGAUCCGAAUUUCCAGAAGUGAUAUCGCCCUCAAAGUCGCCUCUACUCUCCUUCCCCUUUCGCUGGUAAUUUCGAUUUUUUGCUACACAAGGAUUUUCUUUAAACUACGACAUCAACAAGUUCAAGUCCUUCAAGGACAAGCGAACGAAGGCCGAGAGAUUCCAGUGAACAUGGCAAGGUACAAGAAGUCAGUUUCCAGCAUAUUUUGGGUGCAGUUAGCAUUAGUUGCCUGCUAUGCUCCUUGGAGCAUUGCUGUUGUGUUAUAUGUUAACGGAAUAGAAAAGGGUGAUUCAUGGUUAGUUACAGAGACUCUAGUAUUCUUUAACUCAUCUCUAAACCCGAUCCUGUAUUGUUGGAAGAUCAGAGCAGUGAGACAAGCAGUGAAAGACACAAUAAGACAGCUGUACUGUUAAAUUUGUAAAAAAAAUCAUAAAUUGUAGAGAUCAGCAUAAGUUGAUAAGGCUAGAAAUAACGAAAGAAAAGAGGAUUUAACAUACAUUAAUUUAUUACAAACUGCAAUACUCAAACGUAUCUUCAAUUCCAACCAAAUUUGACAUGAUACUAACAAUUUAAUCAAUUAAGUCUACAUUUAAAAUGCAAAUUGUUAAGAUAAUGAUUUGAAUAUUUAACACAACAUCAUCAUUGUUUCAUUUUAAACUCAUUUUUCAAAACAAUAAAAGCAAUAUUUAGCUUCCAGCGGGAGGGGAACAUUAAUCGGCUGGCUCAGGAGACUACCAAAACAACGACUCGCGGGGGAUUUCUUUUUGCUAGGCCGGAUAUCAUGUGACGUAAUCAUAUUCCAAAAUUGAAAAUUACCUAUACUUCUAAGGUUUAAGUCCCAUCAGGUGUAAGAGACUCUAAGAACGUGACGUUUUACAACGUUUUAGCUCGACAGGACACUCCGGUUUUGUAACAGAGCAUUUUUGAAUUUUCUUAGCUUUAGCGUUGCGUGGCAUUAAAAUGGUGGCCCGAGAAGGCUGCUGCGUAGUUCUGAAGAUGAGUCAUCGCUUUAGAUUUUGCUCACUGAUCAGUUCUUACACUAGAAAAAAUGUUAAUUUGAACGUAUUGAAUCUCUUGAGUAAUAACGUUUCGUUUCAAUAGAAAACCCCAGUCAGAGAUGUUUUUGUUACUUUACUAUUGCCAGGCUUUUUAAUAGUUCAUUAGAAAAUAGUAGAUAAAUGAUUAAUUAUACUAAGUGUCCUCAAUUAGUAGAGGGG